CACAAUGCUUAUUAGAAAAUAAAAUAAAUCUACUAGAUGAACAUGAUCCAAUUGUUAUAGCAUCAAAAAAACAAAAGCAACAAUGGACUCGAACAGAUGCCACUGAAGAUAAGUAUAUCUAGGUUUUAUGAAAUCAUGUUGAUGAGAGACAGAGAGACUUCAUGUUCCAGAAGUUUUUCCGAUGUAAGCGAAGAAUUACGGUACUCUGCGUAGAUGAUCCCUCACCCUCACCCUCAUCGUUGAUCUUACUAUAUUAAAGAGUCAAGAGUAGAAUAAAUCUUGAGAGCAAAGACUAUUGGUGUUGUGUUGAGAUGGCUUUGUCUAGCGUUCGCCAUGACGAGGAAGUUAGAUGAGCGGUUAGCAAUGAUCAGUAUCGUCUGACUUGCAUCAUGUGAAACUCUAUUGUUCAAAUACAAUUAUAGGUGUUGCCUCAAGUCCUCAAGGAAUUGUGUGGCUAUAUGAGAGACAACAGUUUUCUGCAAAUGCGCCAGCUAUGUUUAAUAUGCCUUAUGCAUUAAAAAUGAAGAAGAAUAAAGUAUGUAUCAGUCGUUUACGUAAUGCGUUAUUGGCCAUGAUUUACAAACACUCGAUAUUAAGAACAAAACUGAUAUAUUCACCUGAAGAAAAAUGCUUAAAACAGUAUAUCAAACCGAUGCCUGAUGAAUUUUUAACGUCGAAUCAUGAUGAUUAUUACUCAUUCCAAAUAAGUAUGGCGAAUAAUGAACAAGAAUUUGAUCAAAUCAUGAUUGGAGAAACAAACAAACACUAUUUCAACUUAGAUACGGGUAUUGUGUUUCGUUGUAAUGUUGUAAAAAUGAAUCAUGACAGAUUGGAUGAUCAAGAUACAUUAAUAAGAGAUGAUGUGAUUGUACUAAAUCUUCAUCAUUCAGCAUUUGACGGGCGUUCGGUAGAACCGUUUAUCAAACAAUUAGAACUGGCGUAUAAAAAUCCUGAAAGUAUGGCGGAUCAGAGUGAUAAAUCCUUACGAUAUAUUGAUUAUACAAUAAAUGAACUGCGAAUGCUACAAGAUGAUUCUCCUGAUUCGGAAAUGAAUAUAGCAAGAGAAUUUUGGAAAACGAUAUUCAAUGGAUAUGAUAUAAAUAAACCUAACAAAGUUUUACCAUACGAUUAUUGUGAAACUGUCGAAAUUGUUGGUCGAUCCGGUUUUGGUGGUACUCUGUGUAGUUCGAUUGAAGAUGAGGAAUUGGUUUGUAGUAUGUUGACACUUGUGCAAGAACAUAACGUGUCUAUGUUUCAAUUAUUUUUAACUUGUUAUCAUUUGUUCAUUUAUAAAUUAACAGAUGAUAAUG